CUGCAGAUUCGAUGUUGCGAGUGUCCUGCAGCCCAGAAGCCUGACAUACAGCUCUUUCGGGCAGGACUCUUUCCAGCAUCCUUCAUCAACCCAAAGACUGUGUUCACCUUUGCUGUGCUAGAUGACUUUCUGUUGGACAAUUUGGAAUGUGGCACAUCAGCAAUGAACUACUACAGCAAGCUUCAACGCAGCACUUCGAGCGCAUUUCCGCACCUUGUGCUGGUAACUCGCCAUGAUCCCUUUCCUGUGUGA